GUGCACCUCCACCCACGAGCUUUCAAACGGCGUGCUUGGUGAAGAACAAAAAGCAUAGCCCACUCUCGGGUGGGCUGUGUAUGUGCUCAAUCUCCAGCAGGCACUCCGCCACACAUGAGAGACUCCCUGAAAACCGUUGAAUUGUUCGGGGUGUCACACUCGCGUGAUUCUCACAUACACCCACGCCAGAGCGCCAUUUUUCUCGCCCUGAACAUCUCUGAGCGGUCUCUGGGUUUGCUUUUUUUUCGGGUGGGGGUGCACGAAGUUCUGUAGCUGGUUGAGAGAGGAAAAUUCAGUGGAAAAUCAGGGUCUCAUCUCGAGUGUGUCACCACAACAGUAUUGUCUUCUUUUUUUUCGCGCCCUUCUUUUAUGUCCAAAAGUGAAAUUCCUCGUGAGCUCAAAAAAAAUGUAGAUGAGCUUCACGCCUCAGUGUUGUGCUGAAGAGAAGAAGCAAGAAAAAAUUGUGUCCGGGAAGUAUUUUGUGCGUGGGCAGAAUGCCAUCGAGGGGUGAUCUCCAGGGGCACAAAUUUGUCCUGGGUGCGUCGAAUUUUAUUUUUUUAACAUGUGGAGUGGCUCUCCUUGCUGGGGGAUUUUUCCUUUUCACGGAUAAUCCGAGAAUUCUCCUGUCGCGCCUCCUGGGGGCAACAAGUGAGCAACUUGCUGAUCUCCCACAGCCACUCUUCUUCUACAUUGCCCUGGGAUUGGCAGGAGCGGGAUUUAUUGCAAUCUGUGCUGCUCUCAUUGGAUGCUGGGCUGCCUGUUCGGGAACCUACUGCAUCCUCUCUGUGUACUUUUUGGUGGUUUUGGUGCUUCUGCUAAUUGAAUUUGGGAUUUGUUUGCUGAUCACCCUGUGGCCACAGUGUAUGGGCUUGGAUCUCGAUGAAACUGAGAUGGUGAGGGCACUGCAGGGUAGCUAUGGGGUACCGGGGAAGGAACAAUUCACAGCAGCAAUGGAUCUCGCACAGACACUCUUCAAAUGUUGCGCCAUUAGCAGUGACAUCAACUACGACACCUCGCUGUGGAGGUUACAGGGAUUUGGGCAUCGUGAACUCACGGUGCCCCUAACAUGCUGUGCCCUGCAGAAUUCACGCGAUCGCAAUGCCUAUCUGGGGCCAAAACCCAUCAAUUUGGCUCUGUGUCAGUCGCUGCAGCGUCAUGAGUAUCAGAGUUUCCGGCACUUGGAGAGUUGCUACGAUAAGAUUGAUCUGUGGUACAGGCAGCAGUAUGUCAUCUUCCUCGGGGCGGGGAUGAUUGUGGCCAUUGUGGAGUUCUGUGUACUCCUGAGUAUCAUCCUGAGUUGCACAAAGUACGCCCGGCAGCGGCAGAAGCGCAAAAUGUCCCUGCGUCAGAUCAUCCGAGAUGUAGACGAUGCGGACACAGAAGUUGGGCACGAGAGCAUCUCAAUGCCAGAUUUUGGUAGUACAGCCCCACCGGCACCCACGCGUCUCAGCAAUCGCUCCCUCGCGCGCCCCCGUGUACCACCAAAACCCACCAACAUCCACAGGAAUGUUGAGAAUGAUCUCCAGUACUCAACAGCGCUCCCGGAUGCCGAUGACGGACUACCGGAUGUACGGAAAGUCUUCGUACAACCACCGGAUGUCUUCAAGCCUAAGCAUGUGACAACAUUCAGACCAGCAGCAGCUGAUUAUCACAUCUCACGGAGUCAUCUUGUAUAGCUGUCGAAUUAUUAGUUAUUUUUCAUUUUUUUUUUAGUUUAUUUUAAGAAUAAUUUUCAUCCCCCAAUUUUCCAACACACCACGUGUUUUCCCGAGCAAAUAAAAUUUUCCCGCCAAAAUCUUUCA